AGUCGAUAAUUUUGCAACACCUGUCCUCCUCUAAAUUUUCUGUAAAUUCAUGCUCAACCGAACACUACAAUCAUAAUUCAUAUGCAUACACAAAAUUGAACUACACUACGCCUAUGGCUGCAGCUAAAUACUAUUCCUCUCGCUCUCUAAUUCAUAAUCAUACGCGAAUUUUUCAAGAGCUCUCCACCUCCACCGCCAGAUUGAGCUCGAAGAAAGCAGGUUUUCCAGUCUCGGGUGUAAAGAGAGCUAACCUCACUGCCAGAAAGAAGGAGAGGAUCAAGCUCCCUAAUUAUGGCGGAGGAAAUGGGAUCAGUGAAUUUUUCAGUCAUCCAUCUGGGAUUGAAGCGAUACUCAAUUCUAGGGCUCUGCAGAGUUAUCACCCCCUUGAUUCCAAUUUGUACAGGUGUGUUCUGCCGCAGAUUCAACUUCUCAGUUUUAGAGUUGCGCCAGUUUUGGAGUUACAAGUAACUCCAUCUAGUGAAGAUUGCGUUGUAGAGAUGUUGUCUUGCAAGUUUGAGAGUUCUGAAGCAGUGGAACGCCAGAAUGAACGUUUUUCAGCUUCUAUGAGAAAUCAUAUUACAUGGGUAACUAUUGAUGGUGAACAUGUCUUGGAUGUUGAUGUGGAAUUAAAUAUCCUCCUCGAGAUCAACACACAGCCAUUUGCAAUGCUGCCUAUAUCAGCUGUUGAGCAACCAGGAAAUAUGGUGAUGCAGGCCGUGGUAGACCGUAUGGUACCAUUGCUUGCACAACAAUUGCUGCAAGAUUAUAAGGAAUGGAUUCAUCAACAAAGCAAAAAGCCUUGAGUGAAUUAAUCCUGCAAGGUGGAAACUAUCAUAUUUGGUCGUUGCAAUCAGAGCAAAAGUUUCAUCAAACAAAAUACUCCUAGUUACUAUCAUGCAUAAAAGAAUACCAAAUGUAGGUGUGCUAACUUCAAAAAAUGUAUGGUGAUGAUUGUUGGCAUGACUUGUGAUGAAUAGAAAUUGGUGAGUAUGUUUAUUAGCCCAACCGGUUAAACCA